AUGAAGCUUGCGAAGGAUAAUGAAGCAACUAAGUCUGCCCGCUCCAAGUUUCCAUCAUUAAACAAGAUGCCACUCCUCACAUUUAUACUCAAACAUCUACCACUCACCUUCCCAAAGCUGACCUCUUUACAUACCCGCCUAUUGAACAUGACCACCGAGGCUACAAUUCCAUUCGUUACUGUUACGAGAAAAUCUAGUUCAGGGACCCGACUUCCAUAUUGCAAGUCCACAAAAAUGCUGAGAUUUGAUUGGUGGUGUGGUCCGGUGGUGUUGAGAACUAAGAAAAGUGUACCCCACCUUCCCGAAACGGGUGUAGAUCCGCCGGGGCUCGUCUUUGGCAUGCGAAGAAUACGAUACGGAGAACCACCAGAAGGGUGUUUCUUGGUCGUGGCUCGAAUGACCACUCCUAAAUUCCAACGGAUACAGUCAGCCCUCAUUCUUCCUCGAGUAAUAAUGCGGAACUGGUCUCGCAGAUCUCAUCUACCAUUUCGAUCGGUUGAGGAGAUUAAUCGGGUUUCUGGUGUGACAUUUCAGGAGAGUCAGCCCCUAACAGAGAUGAGUGAAUGUGUCCUCUAUUACAGAGAAUACAACUACAACCGAAGGUUUCUUGGUGCUUCAAGUACGCUGAGGGUAAUGGUCUUGCAAGGGCGCGCGAGACGAGAAAUUAGAGACUUAGCACCCUUCGUCGUGUGCCCUGUGCAUGGUCCCUUUGUGAGAAUUGAUUCACUCCAUUACGUAAUUCCAUGUCCUGCUACACCUGUGUCCGAGUGCAUCUCAUUUUCUAUUACUGCCUACUGGCGGCUUCGGAUGGCUCUAGUUCGACGGGAUCAAACAGAAGAGUGUGGGUCUGGGGUGGAGGAGACUUAUGGUCAGGACGCCAACGGAACGAGCGGUACAUGGCCUGUAAUUGACUUGACAGGAGAUCUUCGGCAAUAUAGAAAUUGA